GUCAUGGUUUGUCAAAACAGCUGAUAGCAAUUGUAUUUGUUUGUACCUCAUAUAGUAAAGUAGUCUUUUAAUAGAAUGAGUGAACAACCAAGACUUGUCGUGCUGUACGGCAGCCAGACCUACACCGCUCAAGAAAUCGCUGAAAGAAUAUGGCGGAUAACAAAGGUUUUAGGAUUUCGUGGGCCGGUCCAAGCCAUGGACGAUUAUCCGAUAUCUAGGCUUAUUAAAGAGGAAUUUGCUAUAUUUGUGUGUGCAACUUCCGGCCAGGGAGAUGAGCCGGACAAUAUGAAGAGGUUCUGGAAGUUUCUGCUGCGGAAAAGCCUGCCUUCGAAUUCAUUAGUGAGGUUAAAAUUUGGUGUUCUCGGUUUGGGUGAUUCUUCGUAUUUAAAGUUCAAUUUUGCUGGAAAAAAGCUUCACAAGCGGCUGCUGCAGCUGGGGGCAACGCCGUUACUCGACAUAGGGCUUUGUGACUACCAGCAUGACAUGGGCCAUGAUGCUGUGAUGGCCCCCUGGCUAAAACAGUACUUAGCUAUAUUAAAACAGUACUACCCACACAUACAGACGGACAAUAUAAAAACUACUUUUAUACCAAGAUGGAAAGUGUCUUUACAAAAAUGUGAAGAGAAGAGUGUAUGUAUAGGCUUGACAGAUGAUAUAUAUUUUGCUAAAGGGGCCAAGGACCAUUUUAUAGAUUCUACUUUGUUUGAAUUGGAGAAGAAUGUGCGGACCACAGAUGAAACACAUUUUCAAGAUGUUAGAUUAAUGACUUUAAGAACAACCAAUGAUAAAAGAAUCAAUUAUAAACCAGGCGAUGUUUUCAAUAUUCGACCACGCAACAGUAAAGAGGAUAUAGAAGACCUAUUCAGUAUAUUUGAUGAGCACAAUAUUGAUAUUAAACCUCAUUACAAUUUGAUAGUUGAAGAACUGCACAAUGACAUGCCAGUACCAGAAUUCCUGCAACAACCUCACACAAUAUACGAGAUAGCAGAACAGUACUGGGACCUGCGCUGCUACCCAACGCAGUACGUCUUCUCUCUUCUAGGGCAGGUGUCGGAGGACGCGUUAGAGAGAGACAAGUGUAUAGAGCUCAGCUCCCCGGAGGGGCAGGAGGAGUGGCUUAAUUACAGUCGGAGGCCGAAGAGGACUGUGCUUGAGGUGCUUCACGACUUCCACAAAUCAGCUUCAAAACUAAGCCUCGAAGUGUUGUUCGAGUUAUUCUCGACUAUCAAACCGCGGUCCUUCUCCAUUGCUAGCAGCGCCCUACCCUCAGAAGGGCAGAACAUAGAGUUGCUAGUCGCCGUGGUUCAGUACAAUACUAAGAUGAAGAAACCAAGACAAGGGCUGGCUUCGAACUGGCUGAAAUGUCUCCAAGUUGGAGACAAGGUCUAUGGGUGGGUGAAGACUGGGAGUCUUGCGUUCCCGAGCGAUGUUAAAAUCCCUCACAUUCUGAUAGGCCCUGGCACCGGGCUAGCUCCCUUCAGGAGUCUCAUCCAAGAGAGAGAGGUACAGCAGACGGCUGAUAAGGAUGUCCUGCACCUGGUCUUCGGCUGCAGGUACAAAGAUAAGGACUUCCAUUGCAAGGAGGAAUUGGAGAGACUUGUAGAGGAGAAGAAGUUGACUCUCUACUGUGCUUUCUCUAGAGAUCAGGAGAAUAAAGUUUACGUCCAACACAAAAUCGCGGAGCACAGAGAGCUACACUGGCAACUUAUCAACAACAACGCCUACAUCUACAUAUCUGGCAACGCUAAGAACAUGCCAGACAACGUCCGGGACGCGUUCAUAGAGGACGUGCUGUGCAAGACAGGAGGACACGCCCUGGACGACGCCAAGGCCUUUAUGAAGAGGUUGGAGACCGAAGGCAGGUUCCAAGUGGAAGCCUGGUGAAUACUGUACAAGUAGAUAUGACUGGGUAUGUUAACUGUUUGGUAGUCAGUCAAUGUAAGGAAAUAUCAGGUUAGUAGAAACCUGGUUCAGUCUCACAGCUGGGUAAAAAAGCCUGGUCAAAUGUUAUACCCGUAAAUUGCUUCUUUGCGAACAAUUUAAAAAUUAAUGGGUACGGUAAAACAGGGUGAAUAGAGGCUGUUUUGGGGUGGAUAGAACCAGAGUUUUUACUAAAAUUUGGCCGUUUAACAAGACCAAAUAUAAAGAUUAUAUGAAA